CACUGGCUCUAAUGUAGCCCAGCUUCACUGUUUACUACAGAAUUAGUGCACAGCGGACGACAGUCUUUCCCCUUAUCCUGUGUAUAUAUCUAUAUAUUAAAAAAGAUAGCCUUUUAGUUUUUGCAUAAAAGAAGAAAAAUUAUCCAAAAAGCUCAACAUGCCCAAGAGAAAGGGAACUGAUGGAGAGGUGAAGGAGGAGCCCCAGAGAAGGUCUGCCAGGUUAUCAGCAAAACCGACUCCUCCUAAACCUGAACCCAAGCCCAAGAAAACACCUAAGAAAGAGAAGGACGUGAACGAUAAAAAGGAGGACAAAAAGACGAAGGCAAAGAACGAGGAGACCAAGGAGGAGAACCAGUCGGAAAACGGAGAGACCAAGACUAAUGAGGUUGAGAAGACUCCAGAGGCAGAGCCGGAGCUGGAGAAGGAGGAGACUAAGGCCGAGUAGCAUCCCACCUAUCCAUCCACCCCCACCCCACCCCAAUCCAGUCCGACCUAUUCUUCCCUCCAUACCUCCCCCCCCCCCUUUUUUUCCAGCAGGUUCCGAGCCCUAGACGGACCCUUCUCUCCACAAACCAUCAGCAGAGGAAUAUUUUUAUCAACAAUUUUGUAAAUACUGGUUCAGGUUUUUAGCACAAAAACGCAAACGCGAAUGAAGGGGGUUUUCAGACGGGGUUCUUCUAAGUUGUCCCCAACACGAGCGGUGCGCAAAGGCGGCACUUCAGUUUUGUCUUUUGCUCUUUUUUUCUUUUCUUUUAAUUAGUGUUUUUAUUUUUGUUUUAAGGGAUGGUUCUGUAUCUUGAGGCGUUGAUCCUGCAUUGCUGGCUGGCUGGUUGUGAGUGUGUGUGUGUGUGUGUUUGUGAUUAUGUUCUUAUCUUGGAGUUUUUGCCCAGUUUGCUGUUCAUUUGGAAUUUUUUUUUUUUUUUUUCUUU